AUGUCACCCACAAAUCAAGGCCCUCGCCGUAUCGGCCAAUGGCUCUAUCUUAGAUCGGAGUGCAUCGACGAGUACAAAAAGUGCCACGCAGAAGUCUGGCCAGAAGUGUUGGAACAAAUCAAAGACUCUAACAUCAAAGACUACUCGAUUUUCUUAACUCUGUCCCCCCGCCCUACGCUAUUCGCGAGCUUCAAAUACGUCGGCAAUGCCUUUGACGAAGACAUGCAGCGCAUGGCGGCGAACCCGAAGGUCCAGGAAUGGUGGCAAAUGACAGACAGAAUGCAGGAGUCGCCGGUCGAAGGAGCAGUUGGAAGCGCCAGUGGGCCGGGAUGGUGGGGGCACACUGAGGAAGUGUUUUACAUGGAGUAG